GUGAGAAAGGAGAGGAAAUAAUCAGAGGGUGUUUGGGAUUACUUUUCAAAGCUUGGUGUUGCUGGGAAAUUUCCUACUCAGAUCGAUCCCAGCUGAAAGAACAAAUUACGGAAGAAACUCUACGGGAAUUGAAGUGUAAGCGGUGAUUUGAUUGCAAAGUAACAUCUUAGAAAGGAACUCUGCUAAAAUCCACAGUUGCUGGGAGUUUGAGGUAGUGGAAACUCACAUCUCAGUUAUAUUUCAUUUCGUUGAAGUACUCAAACUGCAUAUCUAUGGCAUAUCCAUUGUCCUCUUCUCCUUCCGAUGUGACCUUUUCUUCUGAGGUGUGGAAGUAUCAUGUUUUUCUUAGUUUUAGAGGAGAAGAUACUCGAAAGACGUUUGUGGAUCAUCUCUACACAGCUCUCCUACAACAAGGGAUCUUUACUUACAAAGAUGAUGAAACACUUCCCCGGGGCGAAUCAAUUGGCCCAUCUCUUGUGACAGCUAUUGAAGAAUCACAGAUAGCCAUCAUCAUAUUUUCUAAAAACUAUGCAGAUUCUUCAUGGUGCUUAGAUGAACUUGAACGUAUCAUGAAAUGUAAGGAUACAAGAGGUCAAAUUGUGAUGCCCAUAUUUUAUGACGUGGAUCCCUCUGAAGUGAGGAAACAAAAACGAAAAUAUGGAGAAGCAUUUGUCAAACAUGAGUUGGAAAACAAGACGAAGGUUGAAUCUUGGAAAAAAGCACUUGUGGAUGCAAGUAACAUUUCUGGAUGGGAACCCCAACACAUUGCCAAUGGGCAUGAGUCAAAGUUCAUCAAAAAAAUUGUUGACAUAAUUUCUCAUAGGUUGCGUCCAAUAACUUCAAGUGUGGAUGACAACCUUGUUGGAGUAGAAGCUCGCAUGCAAGAUUUGAUAUCAAAGUUACAAAUUGGGUUUGGUGGUAAGAGAAUGAUUGGAAUAUGGGGCGUUGGGGGUGGUGGUAAGACUACUAUUGCCUCUUGUAUUUAUGACGAAAUUUCUAGUAAGUUUGAUGGUUGUUGCUUUCUAAAAAAUAUCCGGGAGGAAUCAAGUAAUAAGAAUGGUCUUGAAAAAUUGCAAGCAGAAAUUCUUUGUGGUAUUUUGAAACAAAAGCAAUUGCAUGUAGGGAGAGUCGAAGAAGGAAGACGCAUGAUAACAGAUAGAUUAAAGUACAAAAAGGUGUUGAUUGUGCUUGAUGAUGUCGACAACCUGGAGCACCUAGAAGAGUUAGUUGGAUCACGUGAUUGGUUUGGUGAAGGAAGCCGAAUAAUAAUCACAACUAGAGAUGAACAUAUAUUAACUGGACACAAAGUAGAUGUGAUACACAAUAUUAGUUUGUUAAACAAUGAAGAGUCAAUGAAGCUCUUUUGGAAACAUGCACCCCGGGGUUACAAACGUAUUGAAGAUUAUGAGAGGCUUUCAAAAGAUGUGGUUUCGUAUGCUGGAGGACUCCCAUUGGCACUUAGAGUUCUCAGUCGUUUUCUAUGUGACAAAGAGAUGAAUGAGUGGAGGAGUGCCUUGGCUAGAUUGAAAGAAAUCCCAGAUGCUAAUAUACUUGAAAAGCUAAAAAUCAGCUUUGAUGGACUUAAGACUGUGGAGAAACAAUUGUUCCUUGAUAUUGCAUGUUUCUUUAGAAGACGUUGUAAAAAUGAAAGGAUAAUGGCGAUGCUUGAUGCUUGUGGUCUUCACCCUGUUAUAGGCAUAAAGGUGUUGGUACAAAAGGCUCUCAUAACUAUUACAGAAUAUGGAAAGUUUGAUAUGCAUGAUUUGGUACAAGAAAUGGCACACUACAUUGUUAGAGGGGAACACCCUAACAACCCUGAAAAACAUAGUAGACUUUGGAAGAAGGAAGAUGUUCUAAAAAUAUGUGCUAUGGAUGCAAUGACGAACCUUGACAAGAUUGAAGCUAUGUAUGUUCUGUGUUCUAGGAGCAAGGAACCACAACAUGUUCUCCAGGUCGCUGCAAAUAUGAAGAAACUUCGGUGUAUUGAUUUGGGAUUUUUUCUGGACAAAGCUGAAUUGGUUAUAAUGCCAGAAAAUUUUCCACCAAGGGAGCUUUGUUGCCUAACAUUGGAAGACAUCAAUGCAAAACAACUUUGGGAGGGUUACAAGUAUCUACCAAAUUUGAGGAUGAUCAAACUGGAUGGAUUGAGAAGCCUGAUCAAGACACCUGAUUUUGAUGGGAUUCCGAACCUUGAAAGAUUCAUAGUUGAAGGAUCUUCUUUAUUAGAAGAGAUUCAUCCAUCAUUUGGACGUUUGGAAAAGCUUGUUUGCGUACAUAUACAAAAUUGUGAAAAUCUUAAGAUGGUUCCACCCAUUACCCAGUCGAAGAAACUCGAGACUCUUGUAUUCUCAGGUUGCAGAUCAUUUAAUAAUUUUUUACCUGACAACAUGAACCACACAGGUGUAUGGUUUUUUAGUGGAUGCUUAAGAAAACUGGUUCUCAGCAACUGCAGUUUGGGAGAUGGAGACAUCAGUUCGGCUGCUAGUUGGGAGUUACCCAAUUUGCUGGAACUCGAUCUACAAGAAAAUGGAUUUGUUCGGUUGGAUUUUAGUCUCUUGCUACUUCCUCAGCUCAAAUGUCUUGACAUAAGAUACUGCAAAGACCUUGUAGAAUUGUCGGAGCUGCCAUUAAGUAUAGCUGUUGUUUUAGCGGAUGGUUGUUUCUCACUUGAAAGCUUUGGAGAUAUUUCAAACUGUAAAUGGUUGUGGAAAGUCACUCUUACUGGGAACCACAAACUUGGUCCACUUGUUUGUGACAUGUUACUAAACUCCAUGCUCCUGGGAAACGCCAAACAUUACUUUAUCAGUAUCAACCUUUCAGGCAUUGACAUUUGGAGUGGGCCAUCUGUAGUUUGGAUCAACUGGGUGAAGACUUGUAAUAUGACGCUUCCACAUGACUGGUACAAUCACUUUUCUGGGAUUCUGAUGUUUGUCAGAUCUGAGGACCUUCAUAUGGGCAUUAAUAUAACUAUAAAGCAAGGCUUAGACGAAGAUUUUCAAUCUCAGAUUUGGCAGGAGUCUGAUGAAACACUUGAUCCUGAAUAUCAAGAGACAUGUGUAGGAUAUGUUUCGUUUAGUUCAUUGAGGCACACCAGAUGCUUCAAUUCAACAUACAAUAUCAUUUCAUUUUCUUUUGGCACUGAGGAUUUGUAUGGAAAUGGGAAUAGGUUUAGAGCUGUACUCAUUCCUAAAGAUUAUGAUCCGAUGCAAACAACAAAAGUCACAACAGAUUGCUUAGAUUUUUGGGAUGAGGAAGACGAUUCCAAAAAGACAUUUAGGAUACGACAUGAUUCAAACUCCUCUAUUGAGAUUUUAUGGCGUACUUGGGUCUGACAAACCCAUUCCCACAGGUCUAUUGAAUCUUUGCUGGUUCCUUGUUCUGGCCUGAAAAUGUUCUGAUGAAUUAUUAUUGGCGGUAACAUUUACUUCUUUAAAUUUGUUGAUGUCAAUUAAAGUCUAUGCGGUGAAAUAUAUUCAAGAGGCACUUUAGUCUA